GACCUUCCUUAUUCGAAAUUGGAUUAAUACAUUCAGUUAACAAAAUUCGACAUUGUUUUCACAUCGGUGAUAAUAAGGUGUACGGCAUGUGACGGAUUUCGAGCUCUAGUUUUUUGAAAAAAGCCUAAAAAGUUCGUGCCAUUGGCUUGACAUAGACACCGGCCGGUUCUGGUUCUCGGAUCCGGAGAGAAGUUUGUUUCGGCCUCACGACAAGACAAUGGUUCAGUUCUUUCGGUAGCUGGUGAGAUAGAUCUCCUUUAGCGUCGAGAUUGACACCCGACUUGUCGGGCCUGGCUUAUAUCGUCGACAGGUGUUCAUGGCUUGACCUUCGAGUCUUCGAUCUCGCCGUUCGCAAUUUCGGGACACAACUUUCGCUGCAGAUGCGCAACUGCGCCUCCCAUGAUUAACAUCAAGGCUGCGGUAGGCAAGCGGGCGGGCAGGCGGGCAACCUCGCUCCACUGUCGGGGGUUACGGACGCCUUCUUCUGGGGGCGACUCCUUCGGAGACUGGAUGUGGGGCCCACGGUCAGCGAGCCAAUGGCAACGUGGCCCCGGAAGGCGAAUGUCAAACUCGGUCUCUAUUAUAUCUCUCCGUCCUUGCGAAUUCGCAGACAGACGCCGAACGUCGGGAUUUUGCUGCCCGCGAGGCCGUCCAGUGCCGCUUUUCUCCGACUGUCCUUCUUCGAUUUCUGUCAGGAAUGAUCUCGUCCCGCGGUUGACUCUUAUCAACUGCCUAGAGACAGUAAUCUCGCGCAAGUCUCAUCACGAUGAUCUGCGGACCUUCGUGGGCCCCCCAUCCUCUACGCAGUUCCGUGAAACACCUCACAUUGGAGUGGAUCGAGCAUGCCGAGGUGACCUCGCCGGGGAUGUCCCCACUGUCCAGCCAAGAAUGCUUGCAGCUCGUGCCCCACGUCACGCAGUAACAAAUUUAGAUCCACCGCAUUCUCCACAUCUAUUCUCUUCUCGUCUGAUUAUCUGCGCGAUGAGUUCUUUUUCUUGACAG